GCCACUUGUUGUCUCUUUCUUUAGCUCUUCACGGUUAUAUCCAAGGGGAAAUGUAACAAAUAGUUAAAGUAUAACUUACACUGAUUUAAGUAAACACAUGAUAUGAACAACUAGAGCUUGUGGACCAGGAUGGCAGAUGAAAAAGCCAAGUUAUGUGUUGUGGAUAUGUGAGUGCUUCCAGUGUCUUUUAUGAUUAACUGAUUUUUAUAACUUGAAGACAAGGACCUACACAUGUAAGGCACCAGAGUUAGUACGACAUGUAUUAAGUAGUUGGAAGUAUCGGUCUGAAUAGGAUAAGCCAAAGAAGCAAAAGAUAUUACUGCAGCAGGAGGGAAAUCUUAUGAUAUAUUCCAUAAGAUCGUCUACACAUGCUGGACCCAGCUUUCUUAACCAAAAGGAAUUUUUCUCUCCUUUCAUUUUGUGUCUUACUAUUAUCAAGUGCUGUUCAGUUAAGUAAUGAAGAUUACUGAAGAGUAUUCAAGAUUACUAUGAAAAUACCUUUUGAUGUUAUAAUCAAAUAUUUUGAUGCAUUACAUAGUUUUUGGUAGAUAGCCAUUUAAGCCCACUCAGAAUUUCUGUUUCAUGUACUAUGAGGGAUGUGACCUAGCCACCAAGCUGAGUAUUUCCUUGAGGGAACCUGAUCCAACCCAAAAUGCAUUUUGUGCAACCAAACUUUCCAACCAUUUUUACCAGUUUUCCAAUUAUUCAUUCUGGGACUUUACAUUUCCAAAUCAAAAACUAAUUCCUGGGGUCAGCACUGCAGCGUAACAGGUAAAGCUGCCUCCUGUGGUGCCAACAUCCCAUAUGGGCGCCAGUUUGAAUCCCGGCUGCUCCACUUCCGAUCCAGCUCCCUGUUAUGGCCUGGGAUAGCAGUAGAGGAUGGCCCUAGUCCUUGGGCCCCUGCAUCCACUUGGGAGAUCUGGAAGAAGCUCCUGGUUUCUGGCUUCGGAUCCUUGAAGCUCUGGCUAUUGCAGCCAAUUGGGGAGUGAACCAGUAGAUGGAAAACCUUUCUCUGCCGAUCCUUGAAGCUCUGGCUAUUGCAGCCAAUUGGGGAGUGAACCAGUAGAUGGAAAACCUUUCUCUGCCUCUCCUUCACUCUCUGCUUUGCUCACCAUUUGAAUACCUCAGUCAGCAUUGUGUUAGUUCAAGCUGAACCUGAUUUAAAAUGAGCCAGGCCAAAGGCAGGAGCCUGUAUCUUCAUCUGGGUGCCCCGCAAUGGGGGCAGAGGCCCAAGAAUUCAAGAUAUCCUCUGCUGCUUUCCUGGGCUCAUUAGAAGGGAGCUGGAUGGGUGUGACGCAGCCAUCUGGGUUCCGAAAGAAGAUGCCGUCUGCUACAAUCACCAGUCGCUGGAGAUGGAGUGGACACAGGGGAGACAGUUAAUUCUAUGCCUUAUGGUCUGUAGCGGUCUGACUGCUAUUCAUGGAGUCUCCUUUGCAUCUGAUAACAUUUGGAUGCGCCUUGCCCGAAUUGCAGGUUCUGACAUUUGCCUUCAACAAGAUCUACAUGUGGGAACCAUUUUGGGUUCAUGCCUUCUGCCCGUCUGUCAUCCAGCAGAGGAACUCAAAAAUCUCACCUUCUUCGCUCUAUUCCCUAAUAAAAUCGUAACUUAUCAGGACUCGUAUAACUGGGGUACUCCGUCAUAUAAACUACCUGCAAAAGAGAUAGGGCUUUGGACUCCUCGAAUAGCUGUCACCGAGAAUGAUGCUUGUGCGGAGAUAAAAAACUGUACCUCAAAAUGUACAAACUUGGGUAAUGGUUCGCAUUGUAACAAAACCCUUUCGAUUUCCUAUGGGACAGGGCAUAUCCCUCUUCCUGAAGGAUGGUUUUUCUCUUGUGGUAAUUUCACUUUCAACUAUAUCCCUGCUAAUAUGUCUGAUGGCACCCAUUGUUGCCUUAGUCAAUUAACUGUUUUCCUUCCCUCUCCUGAUUUGCUAACCGCUAAUCAGGCUGUACGUAGUAAGAGACAUGCAUUGACGACCUUAGACGAGUCAUGUGAUGCAAGUAUCAAUUUGUUUUCCAAGGCGGAGGUUGACACACUGACUUUUUCUCUUGUAGGAGUCCCUGGCUUAGCUGUAGGUGCUUAUAAGACUGUAGUAAAAUUGGCCUGUGCUAUGGUAAAAAAUAUCAACAGCACCUCUAAGGCGCUAUCUCUGCUUAACGAUGAACAGCAGGUCCUGACACAGGGAAUUCUAGAUAAUAGGGCAGCCAUAGAUUAUCUUCUAUUACUUCAUUAUAAGAAAUGCAAUCAAGUAAAAAACAUGUGUUGUUUCAACCUUACCGAUAAUUCAUAUAGUAUUACUCUAGAAAUACAAAACCUACGUGAAUUGGCAGCACACUUCACUCGGGAUAAAGGCUCCGACCUCUUUGACUGGCUUACAUCUUGGUUGCCUGAUUUUUCUUGGCUUAAAGAAUUGUUCCUAGGAAUGGUAUUGUUACUAUUUGUUGUGAUUUUAUCUUGCAUUGUGGGAAAAUGUUUUGUGCACUGCCUUUCCAGGACAUGGUAGCCUCACUCUCUCUCUCUCCCUAAUUGCCUCGUUGACUGCUUGCUCCUACACUGUUCUUAGGGCGGACCGGUAGUCAACGACGGGUAAGCACUUGCAGGCUUCUCUAGCAACCCAAGACAGAGAACAGGACAUGCUUCCUGUAUCCUUGAUGACGGGUAAGCAGAGUAAGCGCUGCGGGGCACCUAAGACAGGCAGGAUUCCAUGCCAUUCAGCGUUUAACGCGAGGGACUUGUGGGGGAUGGACCCUCCCCCGCAGCCCUCUGGACAGUGUAGACACCAGUUACCAUAAAUACCAGGCCAUUCUUGUACAAACAAGAAGGGGGAGAUGUCGGGGCUAGUGGCCGGACCAACAUGAGAUGCAACAGGCUGAGGCUGUCCCUUAUCUAAUCCUGUUUCCUGUGCUUAUUGUUCUGAAGGCACAAGACUUUUCAUCCCACAUUCCUGCAGGCAGGAUGUGACUUCUGAUGAGGUGUAUGAUGUUCUUUGCUCUAUCAGCAGAGUUUGUACCCUGAUCUUUGCUACCUUGUAAACUUGUUUUGUUCCUGUGCUAUGCAUGAUUGUACACAAUGAAUGUUAUCUGUAUGGGGCCUGGGGUAUAUAUCCUUGUGUUUCUUGGUGCUCACUGCUGGAGACUGAAGAGUUUCCCCAGGGGGACUGCCUGCAGUCCCUCAUCGCUGGGCCCCCUACUUUGGCCUGGAACGCGAUGAGGCAAUAAACGU